AUAUCAAGAUGCCCGCCGAAUUUUCGUCUUGAUUAUCCUAAAAGAUAAAAUAUCCUUCAGAUACAAUAACAAUAGAAGGACAUGUCUACCUUGGUGAGGACAUUACUCCUUUAUUCUGUACUUUUGAUUGACAAAGCUUACACAACGUUGCAGACUAUCGACCUAAACGGACAAUGGGUUAUAGCUGAUGAAAGUAAACGGAAUAACAGUUCACCAGGAAAAGAUAAUCUUUCUACAGUUCUUGGUACAGUGCCAGGGAAUAUCUAUACGUCACUCAUAAACAAUAACCAAAUCGAUGACCCGUACUACAGAGACAACGAUGACAGAUAUAGAUGGAUUGCCAAAGAUAACUGGUCUUAUACCAAAAGUUUUCAAGUGACGUCUUCCAUGAUUUCAUCACAGUCACUUGUACUGGUUUGUGAAGGCCUGGAUACAGUAUCCCAUGUUUUUAUCAAUGGAGUCACAGUGGGAACAUCAGAUAACAUGUUUGUUAGAUAUGUGUUUGAUAUAAAGAAAGCUGCAAGGGUUGGGACAAAUAAUUUGACAAUAGUUUUUUCAUCACCUGUGAAGUAUGCAGAAAGUGAAUCUAAGUUAUAUCCUUAUGCAGUACCACCAGUCGCCCUGGUACCAGAAUACCACGGAGAAAAUCAUGUGCAGUUUAUACGUAAAUGUCAGUGUUCCUUCAGCUGGGACUGGGGACCAUCAUAUCCUGCAAUGGGUAUAUGGAGAGAUAUUUAUAUUGAGGGUUAUAACAAUGCAGUUAUUAGAGAUGUAACAGCUGAAACUUUGAAAGGUUCAGACGGAACAUGGCAAUUAAGUAUAGAAGUUUUUGUGGAAAUACCUCAUUCUGCUACAGUUAAUGGUAAAUUAGAAGCUAAAUUAGAUACAACUCCAGUAUCUCUGACAGUUCCAGUAACAUUUAAUGAAAAAAAUAAGAGUGCUGUUAUGCAAAUUAAUAUUCCUAAGAACGUCAAUAUUAAAGAAUGGUGGCCAAAUGGUUAUGGAAACCAGACACUGUAUAAAUUAUACACAUUCUUUACUGGUAGUGAUGGUCAAGAAAUGGUUGGUAAAAGUAUAAAUAUAGGCUUCAGGACUGUUGAAGUGGUAGAAGAUUUUGUGUCCAAUGACCACUCUCAAGGUACAACCUUUUACUUCAAGAUAAAUGAUCAGCCAGUAUUCUUCAAAGGUUCUAACUGGAUUCCUGCUGAUAGUUUCUUGGAUAGAGUCUCAAAGUCUAGGAUAGAGAAUUUAUUACAGUCUGCUAAAGAUGCUAACAUGAAUGUUUUGAGGGUCUGGGGAGGAGGCAUAUAUGAAAUGGAAGAGUUUUAUGACAUUGCAGACAGAUUAGGAAUAAUGAUAUGGCAAGACUUUAUGUUUGGAUGUUCCAUGUAUCCUACUGAUCCGACAUUUCUCAAUAGUGUGACUGAAGAGGUCACUUACCAGGUUAGAAGGCUGAAGCACAGACCAUCCAUAGUUAUUUGGAGUGGUAAUAAUGAAAAUGAAAAAGCGCUAAGACAAAGCUGGUAUAACACUGAUGUGAACUUUACACUAUACUACAAUGACUACAUCAAGUUAUAUAAAGAUGUGAUUUAUAAAGUUGUACAAAAGGAAGACCCAAAUCGUCCAUUUAUAGCCUCUAGUCCAGCUAAUGGUAAGGAGAGUAUGGCUGAAGGAUGGGUUGCUAAAAUGCCUUGGGAUGAACAUUAUGGAGAUAUACAUGAAUACAAAUAUAUGGAUCCAUUCUUCAUGCCGUCUUCAUACAGAAUACCACGGUUUUCAUCAGAAUAUGGUCUGCAGUCACUACCAUCAUAUGAGUCUCUGAACGCUGUCCUAAAAGAUUCAGAUAUGUAUUACUGGUCUGAUAUGCUGGAACACAGGCAACAUCAUCCUUUUGGUAUGGUUGAGAUGAUGGCAGAAGUUAUCAUGUACUUACGUUUACCAAACAACCCUGAUAAACAGAAGUUAUUUAUGGACCAAAUUUAUGUGACACAGAUUGACCAAGCAAUAGGAAUGAAGACAGAAACUGAACACUAUAGACGAUGGCAGAAUAAACUUGAUGAUAAAGGCAGAGGACUUACAAUGGGAGCAAUGUACUGGAUGCUUAAUGACAUUUGGCAAGCUCCAACAUGGUCAUCACUUGAGUACUCGGGAAAAUGGAAGAUGCUGCAUUACUUUGCCAAAAACUUUUUUGCUCCCCUUUUAAUUUCACCAACACAAGAAGGGAACAAUAUAGAGGUUUACAUCAUUGUUGACCAGAUCCCAUCUUCUGUACACAGACAUCCACAGACAGGCCAGGUUCACUUCAAACCAAUCACUAACUUAUUUGCACCAUGGAAUCCACAUCCUCAGUCGCAAAAUAAACCACAGUCCAAUGUGACAUCUGGUACCUUGUAUAUACAGAUGUACUCCUGGAAUAGCUUAACACCACUUCAUACUUGGACUCAAAAUUAUAAUUUACAGAAGACAACAGACAUGGUAUUUCAAGCUGAUGUUAAUACCAUGAUGUCUACAGCAGGAUGUAUCAGAACAAAAAAUUGUUUUCUUUACUUCCACUUAGGGGAUCCAGUUAAUGGUCCAACAAACUGGUUUUCACUUUCAACUUUUAGAGACGCAAUUGGUUUACAAAAUGCAUCGAUACAGAUAAUUGAUGUAAAGGAAACAGUUCCUAUGAAAGAAUUUAACAUCACAAUCCAUAGUAAAGCUGUAGCCCCAUUUGUAUGGUUGGAUGCCUACCAAACAAUGGGUAGAUUUAGUGAUAAUGGAUUUUUAAUGGUACAGACUCAGAAAGUAGUAACAUUCUAUGCCUGGAAUGACAUAAGUCCUGCCAACCUAAAGGCCAACUUGAAUGUCAAAUCAUUAAUGGAUAUUUACUUUUGAUUUAUUAUUGUUGCAGUAUAAGGUAUUCAAUUUGAAUGAUAAACUUAUGAUGUGAAAAUUCUAUAUUAAAUUCAGACUUAAUUUCAGAUAGAAAUUAUACAGCAAAUUCUUUUUUUUUUCAAUUCUGUAUAAUUUAUACAUGUUAUGCUAGUGAAAGUGUGAAAAAAGGCUGUAGUACAGUAAAAUGGAAAUUUUCACACAGGUGUAACAUUUCUUGUGAGGAUGCUUUAAAGGAGCAAAAUUCCAUGUGGAAAGUUUAUUAUCUGAUGUGGAAAUUUGACUCCUGCGUAUUUUUUUUAUGCAUUGAAAUUACGAAAAAUACCCACAUAUUCAUAACUGACUUGAGACAUGCAGGCACAUAAAGAAUGUGUCAGGGUAACAGUGUACAUUAUAUUCUUGUUUAAAAAUCAAUAGGGUAAAUAUUUAUUUUGAUAAUUAAAAAAUAUAUGAAUGUUAAUUAUAAUUCGAUAUUGGUAUUAUUUUAGUAGGUUUCUCUAUAUGAAUUGGAUUUUGAAUAAAAAAGCAUAUUCACCUGAGAAAGUGAUAUUCACCGCGCUAAAUGUCACACGCUUUUACAUGCAACGUUAUGGUAAAAUGUUUCAUGUAAAAUUUGUUUUGGUAUAUGUUUGACAUUAAAUACAUUUUCUUCUCUCGGAAUAUGGAAUAAACCAAUUACUGUCUUUUGUUUCGGUAAAUAAGGGGUUAAAUUGACUUUUAAAAAA